CCCCUUGGGCGCGGCGCGGAACAGGCGCAGCCCACACGGACCCAUCCGCGCCGAGAACCAGGACGUGCUGAUGCUGAUGACCUACUCCGUGGUACCGGUCCGCGUGAUGGUGGAUUUGUGUAACAGCACGAAAGGGAUCUGCUUGACAGGGCCUCCAGGUGCAGACGGGCCCCCUGGACAGAUCGGGCUGGGAGGAGAGCGUGGUGCUCCAGGCAAGAGGGGCAAAAUAGGGCCGGCCGGGGCCAAGGGAGAGCCCGGGGAGAGAGGCGAGAAGGGAGACCCCGGGGAGUUGGGGUCGACGGGCCCCGCCGGCCCCCCCGGCCAGAAAGGAGACAGUGGAGAGAAAGGGGACCCCGGGGACGUCUCCAACGACGUGCCCACGGCAGGUGCCAAAGGUGAACCGGGACCCCCCGGCCCUCCCGGUCCCCAGGGCCCCCCCGGACCUCCUGGUGGACGACGAUCUAAGGCGCGGUCUCUGCCCAGCGAGUUCAGCAACCAGUGCUCAGGUGAGGCGUGUGCAGUGCCUAAUGAUGACACCCUGGAAGGGAAGGAAGAAGAGAAGAAAGCAGGAGACUCCCACCUCCUUCGGGCAGGGCGUGUGGUCCGCGCCGUCGGAAGCCCGACCCUCGUGGGCAGGAUCGAGCACACGUUCGGGGCCUGGAUGGCGGAGCCAGGGAACGGGAGCGAUGGGCGGAUCUGGGUGACGGAACAUUUCUCAGGCCUCAUCGUCCAAGAGUUCCAGGAUCUGGCUGCGCUGGCCAAUGGCAGCUCCCGGCCCGUCCGGCUGCGUUGGCAUUUCCAGGGCUGUGGCCACACCGUGGCGAGUGGCUUCCUCUAUUACCACAAAGGCGGCUCCAACUCCAUCGUCAAAUUUGGCCUGGAUAGCGGCUCGCUGGCCACACUCCGGAUGGACCACGCCCUGCACUUCGAUCGCAAGUACCUCUUUGUGAACUCCAAGACCUACUUCCGCCUGGCCGUCGACGAGCAGGGCCUUUGGGUCAUCUAUGCCUCCAGCGCGGACGCGUCCAGCAUCCUGGUCGCCCGCUUGGACGAGGCCACUUUCUCUGUGCUGAGGCAUAUCAAUACCACCUACCCCCGGGCCAAAGCGGGGAACGCGUUUGUUGCCCGCGGCAUCCUCUACGUCACGGACACCAAGGACGCCAGGGUCACGUUCGCCUUCGAUCUGCUGGAGGAGAGGCAGGUCGAAGCCAGCUUCCACCUGCGGGCGUCCCUGUCGGAGCUGGCCAUGCUGACCUACAGCCCGAGGGAGCGGGGCCUGCUGGCCUGGGAGGGCGGGAACCUCACGCUCUAUCCUGUCCGCUUUCUGGCCGAUGGACCGGUCACGUGAAGCCCCGUGGGCCCAUCCUCCGGGAGGCUCGCGGGUUCCCUUUGGCCGACGGCCGGUUCUGGCCCAGUCCGACUCCAGAGUUAUAGGAGCUGCCUGCAGUCCUGGCCAGUGACUUCCCUGUCCAAUUUCCCGUUCCCACACUUCCAAAAUCAGAAUCCCUCUUGGCACAAACUCAUUCCUCAGAAUGGAGCCCCUCUUGACACUUGUUCCCCAGCCCGGAACCUCUCCUGUUUUCUCUCCUGCAGAGCACAUCUAUCAAUGAAGGAACAAAACAGGUCACAACAGUGUCCUGUACCUGAUUCUCCAAUGUGCAGUAGGACCAAGUCCACACUAGCAAAUUAUCUGGAUUAUUGAGGUCAAAAAGACACUCCGGUUUCAGUUGCCCAGGGAAAUAACGGCUUUUCGGGCACGCAAUUACCUGGAUCCUUUGCUGCAGUGUGGCCUUGGCCCUUACUUCCCUCCAGGCCACAUUAACUCUUUCAGGCCUGCAGGGCACUAAGCACACUCAUUGACCUACAUUUUUUCUGUGCUGAUUGAGACUUGCAGAGAAUCUGGUAUCCUCUGAGAAAGACGGCAGGAAAAAUGGCUCAUAGCGGGCCUUGGACUACACUGAAUUUAGAACCAUUUAGAGAAGCAGUGUGGCCUACUAGAAAGAACAAGGGCCUGGUAGUCAGAAAAACCUGGUUUUA